ACAAAGAUGGCGGAGUCUAUAUUGUACCUCAACAAAAAUGGCGCCGGUAGCAGCACGCUGGGAUAUGCGUAAUGAUGGUUACAGACGGCCGUUGCUUGCGGAUCACGGUGUUUGCGUUUCCAUGGAAAUUAGACGCUUCUCCCAUGACCUAAAGGAGCGGCGGGGACUUUCACAGGAUAUACAGCUGCAUCUGUACCUAUUGCUUUGAGCAGCAUUAUAAUGGUUAAUUAACUGAUCAACAUCUAUGCAGAAGAAAACAUUUCACACCGCAGCCCUUAUAAGACUGUAAUCUGCUCUCUUAUAUCGCUAUGCCUCUGAAAGUGGUGGUGGAGCUGCAGAUCCAUGCUGUGACUUGCCCUGGGGUUUUCCUGGCAAAUAAAAAUGACAUCUUUCUCAGUGUCCACAUUUUGGGCCAGUCUAAGGAAACAAGAUCUCUUCCUGCCGUGUUUCCACUCUUGUUCCAUGAAAAAAUGAGGUUUGAAAAGGUUUUUCGAAAGCCAAUAGACCCGGCUGCAGUGGUGCAAGUUCUGGAAAAAUACACAGCCGUAUUUGAAUUGAUACAGCUCAGGAGAGUAGGUGAAGAGGUUUUAGCCACUUACACAGAGAACCAUCGAGAAUUCUUAUUCCCCGAACCAAAGCUGACUCCUGCAUACCCAGGAGUGGACAGGGAGUUACUAAUGAAAACAGCUUCUGGCUUUCCGGGUAUUGCCCCUAAGAUUGAGUUUUCUUCAAGCACAACCAUCAAAGAAAAGCCAAAUGAUUUCCAGAAUAAGCAUCCAUCAAUGAAAGCCCAGUCCCGAAGAUCUUUGCCGAACUCUCCCAGUAGAAAAUCAAGAACUCCAACUAAAAGUUACUCCAGUCCAGAGAAGAGUUACAGCAGUCCUACUACGUCAUCAAAGUACCGAUCUCCAUCACCGUAUACACAAAAGCGGAUGUGUGAGCUUAACAAUGACAAUGAGCAGCGACUUGCCCAUUUAAGUUUGGGCAAUUACGAGUUUAAGUCUGAUGCUGAUUCAAGACCUCCAUUUCUUGUAAGACAUGUUGACCUUACAAAUGCCAUGGGUGAGAAAGUGUCACCACAACUUCCAUCUCCGAAACAGAAGCGCCAUGCAAGUGGGCAUGGAUUAAGAAGAGCUUUGACCAUUGGCGAUCAGCAGCAUAGAACAUCUGCAGAAGAGGACUGUUUGGAUCUGAAUGACCUGAACACAUCUCGAAAAGUCAGCCCAUCUGCGUUGAGCACAUAUUCUUCACAGGGUUUGACUACAAAUACAGCUCACAGGGGAACUCUGUGGCAAAGUUUCCAGUCUGAGAAUAACACCUGGGAGUCCAUACACAACCGAGUGCGUAGUCUAUUAUCUACUCACAGUGCCAAGCAACGACUGUUCUUAGAUAUCUCUGAGGAUGAAGUGGAUCAAAUUCUUGAAAGAUCAUCAAGGAGGUCACCUAACAACAGUUUACAAAAAGUUGCCUUCAAUAAUAACUAGCAGUGACGGUGUCUCAGGACCCAGCAGCUUUGGACAGCUCUCCACAGCUGAGUCUGCGUGUGCUGAAACUAUGCAAUAUAAUGUUUGCAAGUAAAUAUUUAUUUAUUACUCUGUGUGUCACAUUAUUUUAAUCUUUUAUAAGAAAACAGAUCCAUGCUAAUAAAGUAUAGUACAAAAACUGA